AGCCCAUUAUUGUUUUCUAUUUUUACAAAUGACCUUCCACUGACCUUGACUAAAGCCUGUGUGUCUAUGUACGCUGAUGAUUCAACAGCAUACACGUCAGCUACAACAGUCAAAUAAAUAACUGAAACACUAAACAUUCAGCUCCAGUCAGUUUUAGAAAGGGUAACUAGCAAUAGGUUGCUAAAUAUCUCAAAAACAAAAAGCAUAAUUUUUUGGCACAAAUCACUUGCUCAACCUCAUUUAGUUCUAUUAUUGCGUAAUGUGGCUAUUGAGCAAUUUGAAGGGACUAAACUGCUGUGUGUAACCCUAGAUAGCAAGCUGUCAUGGUCAAAACAUAGACUCAAUGGUUGCUAAAAUGGGAAGAGGUCUGUCCAUGAUAGGGUAUUGCUCUGCCUUCUCAGUCGACCAAACGUGUCCUACAGGCCCUAGUUUUGUCGCAUCUGGACUACUGCCCAGCUGUGUGGUCAUGAGCGGCAAAGAAGGACAUAGGUCAAUUGUAGUUGGUCCAGAACAAGGCAGCAUGUAUUGAGAGAUUGACUGCAUCACUAUUGGUCUUUAUGCAAGGUAUUGAUAUGUUGAAGGUACUGAACUGUCUGUUCAAGCAGACAGUUCAGUACAACACAAGACAUGCAACCAGAGGUCUCUUCACAGUCCCCAGGUCCAGAACAGAGGCUGGGAAACGCACAGUAUUAAAUAGAGCCAUGACUAGAUGGAACUCUCUGCCACCACAGAACAUCAUCAAGAAGGUGAUUGGCCAGAAGUUUGUGUACAAAUUUGUGUCCUUCCCGGAGAUCCUGAAGAUGGACCCCGCGGCGGUGGAGAUGGGGGUGCGGGUGUGUGAUGAGGCUGGUGGGGCCCUGUCAGAGGGGGAGGGGGAUGAGGAGGGGGUGAGGGGUGGCCCCCCAGGGAGGAACGAGUACCUCCACUCAGGCCUCUACUCCUCCUUUACUGUCAGCUCCCUUCAGCAUCCCCAGGACCUCCUCCGUCCCCCUGAUUUACUCCGACCAAUCAAGGUGGAGCCUCGACAUGAUCACCAUGACGACAGUGGCACGGUGAUUCGCUUUGUUCAGAACCGCAGCCAUAAGGGCGGGGCACUGCCGGUGGUGUCUCUGCCGUCAUCCCCGCUCCCUUCCUCCAAUGAGGGCUACUAUUCAUCCAAACCUUCCACAAGGCUAGCCCACUCCUCGUCCUGCUCCUCCUCCCCAUCACACAGCCCCACACACACACUCUGGAGGGCACGGAGCCCCGCCCCUGAGACUGACGAAUCAGAGCAGAGCGCUCAACCCCUUAACCUAUCAUCUGGUCACAGAGAUCGUGGCCAGGCCACACCCACGCCAGAGAAGAGGGGCUUAGCCAAUAGCGUCCCGCCAAAAACCAGGAAGCCUAAAGGCCUGGAGAUAUCCGCACCCUCCCUGCUCCUGACAGCCAAUGACAUCGGCUCUAUCGCCCUCAACAGUCCUGCACUGCCCUCAGGGUCCCUAACACCAGCCUUCUUCACUGCACAGACUCCCUCAGGUCUCAUCCUCACCCCCAGUCCCCUGCUGUCCAGUAUCCAUUUCUGGAGCAGCCUGAGUCCCGUAGGACCCCUGAGCCCCGCUCGCCUGCAGGGCCAUGGACCCCUGUUCCAGUUCCCCACCCUCCUGAAUGGGCCCAUCCCAGUCCCCCUGUCCAGCCUGGACACCUCCUCCCCCUUACUGCUCUCCCACAGCCCACACAAGUCCUGAUCAUCCUGGAGGACAGUACCAUACUGGACUGGACCAAAACAGGCUUAAAUCAGGCCCGACCAGAACAAAUAUGCCCAGUCCACGCAAUUUCAAAUCCUGGACCCCGACACAGCAGGACUCGAGGCCAAAUCAGGUUAAGCCAGUAAAUAUCAGGACACUGCUGCAAACCUACUGGAUCAGCCUUUAACUGCGUCAAUAUCAUUGACUUGAAGAUACAUUUUCUUUAGCUUAGUUGAAAAUAUUUUUUUGUUGGCUUUCUUCUGUUUAGUUUGGAUCUCAUCCAUCUUGAAAACAUUUUCUAUCCCAUAUUUAUCCACUUCUCAAUGCCAGAAUGCUGUCCCAUGCAUUGGACCUUUUCAGCCCUUUAUCAAAUGCCUGGCGUAUGGUUAGAAAUGUUUGUAUCAUUGUAUAUUGGUUGAUAUGUUCAUUUGAGGCUGUGAACCUGGUUGUAUUGUUCUGGCUAAGUGUUUUUCUAUGGUAUUGUAUUACACUUUAUAUGCAUUAUUACCUUGUACCGGCUGUGCCUUCUCAAAUGUAAGAGUGUUAUGUAAAUGUUUUAUUUUCAAGCUUUAAAACUCUUUGACGAAAUUCCAGUUCAAUAUUGAACAAAAGCUUAUUUGUAACAGCUUUUGGUUAUUUUGUUUUUAUAAAGGAAUUGAUACAAAUGUAUUAUCAAUGAUUUGCUUUUUUGUUGUUGCUGUCAAGAGACCAGUAAAAAUGUCUUACAUACGGUUUUAAAUAAAACAUGAAGCAUUGAAUGCUAUUCAAGAAAACCACAAUAAAGACAAGGACAAGUGUACUUAUCAAACAGA